CAAAUUACAAUCAAAAGGGCGCUGAUCUGUAUGCAACUAGACAUUGCACUUAUUGUAUUACUGGUUGCCUGAGGUUAAAUAAAUAUCUUUCAAACAAAAAUAUUGAAAAAAGUAUCUGAAAAGUAAAUAAAAACCCAAGUGAAUGUUGACAGGAAACUUUUAUUAGGAUGUUCUGUGGUAUAAGCCUUUCUUUAAAUUACAUAAACAAGGACGAACUUCAUAGCAAAGCACGGAAUUCUUUGAAAUACGAUUUUUUUAUUAAGGUCGUUGAUUACAAAUAAUACCUAUAACAAUUAUAACCAAGAUUUUUUUGGAAUUUACAAAUUUGUGAAUAAACCAAAACGGAAAUAGAAGUCCAUUUUUUUAAGCCGAAGACCAGGAAGACAAGUGUAGUCUCCAUGCUGAAGACCAUCGUUUAGAUAUGUGCGAGUUGCCUUUCUUUGAAUAAAGCUAACCUAAAAGUGGCAAAAUGGAUAAUGAUAAUAUAUCUCAGCAGUCUGAUGAGAUUGAAGUACUUAAAUCGAUUUUUGAGGAUCAAUGGGAAAUCGAUACUGAAACUGGAACGUAUAGCAUGCAGAUCGAUCAGAAUGUAAAAUUGUUUAUAACCUUAAGCCCCGAUUACCCAUCAAGUGCACCCCCUAAAUAUGAAUUACUGGCACCUACGUUAACUAGCUCCCAGAAAGAUAUAAUCAAGACUGAAUUUCAACGUAUAUAUGAAGAAGAAUGUGGCAACCCAAUUAUUUUCCAGUGGAUAGAAAAAUUGAAGGAAAUCGUUUCCAAACCCACACCAAAUGAAAAUUCUUUGUGUGAUAUUAGUCUAAAUGCUUUAAUAGUAACUAAUGUGGAUCAAACCGGUCAGAGUAGUAAGCGGGAAGUAAUGAACGUUACACACGGCCUUACAAUAGUCGAUAGAAAAAGUGUGUUUCAAGGACAUGCUUGUGCGGUAAAGGAUGAGAAGAACGUAAAGGAAUUUAUGAAUUACUUAUUAGAAAAUAAAAAAAUCGCUCAAGCUACUCACAACAUAUCUGCCUACAGAAUAUCGCUGCCAAACUCUGUGAUUGUACAGGACUGCAACGAUGACGGAGAAGCACAUGCAUCUGGUAGAAUACUCCAUCUACUUCAAAUUUUAAAGCUUACGAAUGUCAUGGUCGUUGUGUCGAGAUGGUACGGGGGUAUACAUUUAGGUCCCGAUCGAUUUAAACAUAUAAAUAACGCAGCGCGGCAGGUUCUCUUGCAAGGUGGAUUUAUAAAGGCGUGAUAUGAUAAUAUGUACCGUAUCGUCAAUGUUUCUUCUAUCUUGAUAAACAUUGAAUAAGAUGUACAAGCCUGUAGAAAAUAUAAAUUAAAUUUUUUAUUGCUCGCCAUUUUUUUUAAAAGAAAAUUGUUUUCAUCAAUAUUUUUUUGAAAUAAUUUAGCUAUUUGAAUUAUAUGGUUUUUGUCAAA